AUGGAUAAUUCUAGGGUUUUGGGGGAUAAUAACAUCCCUAUCACUUUUCGGUCUGGGGUGGGUACCAUUUCCAGGAUCCGAUUAGAGAACUUCAUGUGCCAUGAUAAUCUACAAGUUGAGUUUGAUCAGUGGGUCAAUUUUAUCACUGGUCGAAACGGCAGCGGCAAAAGUGCAAUAUUGACUGCUUUAUGUAUUGCAUUUGGGUGCCGGGCUAAAGGAACUCAAAGGGCCGCCACAUUGAAGGAUUUUAUUAAAACUGGUUGCAGUUAUGCUGUUGUUGAAGUGGAAGUUAGAAACCGAGGGGAGGAGUCUUUUAAGCCAGAUAUCUAUGGGGAUUCCAUAAUAAUAGAACGCAGAAUCAACCAAUCUGCCAGUACCACUGUUCUAAAGGAUCACCAAGGUCUAAAUGAUUUUCUGAUAAACCUCUCUUUAAUUCAUUCUAAAAGCCUUGAGUUCCUUAUGAUUUUGAUGAAAUACGUAAAUAAUGAAAAAGCUAUUAAGGCCCCUAGGUCGAAUGGGCUGCAUUUGAAUGAAUUACUGUUGAAUGUAUCUGCAUUUGAAUCCAUGAUAUGCCUCUUCCAAACAAUUGGACUUUUCUCUGAUGAGAGAUAUGUAUAUUUGACAGGAAGAAAGGUUGCUAGUCGAAGAGAGGAUCUUCGAGAGCUCAUAGAACAUUUUAAUAUUGAUGUUGAGAAUCCUUGUGUAAUAAUGAGUCAAGACAAAAGUAGAGAAUUUCUGCAUUCUGGGAAUGAAAAAGAUAAGUUCAAGGCUACUCUUCUUCAACAAGUUAAUGAUCUUUUACUAAGUAUUAAUGAACAACUGAAGUCUGCAAAUGCACUUGUUGAUGAACUGGAGGCUUCAAUUAAACCCAUAGAGAAGGAACUCGCUGAGUUGCAAGGAAAAAUAAAAAACAUGGAGCAUCUAGAAGAAAUGUCUCAGCAGGUACAACGAUUAAAGAAGAAGCUUGCAUGGUCUUGGGUUUACAGUGUAGACAAGGAACUCCAAGAACAAAUGGUGAAGAUUGGAAAGCUUAAAGAACGCAUACCCACUUGUCAAGCUAAAAUUGAUCAUGAACUCGUGAGUACUAAAUUCUUGGUACAUGGUUCAAGAUAUGUGGAUUUGAUAAGAAUUGUGAAUGUUGAAUUGCUGUUCAUGGGAGAAUACAGUGAAUAUCGCAAAUUGUUUUCGGUUGAAUUUGACCUUUUUGUUCCUGUUCAUGGGAAAGUUGAUGACGAUCCCAGUGGUUUUCAUUUUGUUCUACAAUUAACUUAUCAAUGUUUUCUUACAAAGGUGGAGAAAUUGAGACACACCUUCAUAGAGAAGAAAGCCCAAACUGCACAUAUGGUGGAAAGAGCGGAAGAAGUGAAGAAUAAGCGGGAUCAAUUGCAGAAUUCUGUUUCCUCGGCUGAAGAAUCUGAAAUAGAGGAAAAGCUAAAGGAACUCCAGGACAUGGUUAAUGCUGCGAAUUCCACACUUUCAAGGUUGAAGGAAGAAGAGAGUGCUUUAUCAGAAAGCGUGUCCAAGGGAAUUAAUGAAAUUAGAAAGAUUACCGAAGAGAUCGAAGUUUAUGGAAAAAAGGAACAGGAAAUCCGUGCCUAUAUCCGUGAGCUCCAGUUGAACAAAACCAACAAGGUUACAGCGUUUGGAGGAGAUCGAGUGAUUCAACUUUUACGUACAAUUGAGAGACAUCACCACAGAUUCAGAAGCCCGCCGAUUGGUCCAAUUGGUGCUCAUAUGGAUUUUGUCCCAGGGAUUCCUAGUUCUGUUCCUCCUCCUCUUGUCGGACUUGUUGAGAUUGGCCUGGCAUUUCUUUUGUCUUAUUACAUGAACAAGUUUGCUACUAAAAACAUGAAUGCACUUUUUCCUCUUAAAGAGCCUCUCAGGAUACUAAAAGCUGACCAGAUACUUUUUGACACGAUACUUACUUUAGCCAAUGGUGAUAGAUGGGCUCCUGCUGUUGAAAAUGCUGUUGGGAAGCUGCUCAAUGCUUUCAUUGGAAGUGCUGAGAGGCAAGUGCUUGUAGAAGAUUAUGAAGCAGGAAAAGCUGUUGCUUUUGAAAAACGGAUCUCAAAUCUAAAAGAGGUUUAUACAAUAGAUGGCUAUAAGAUUGCUGCUCUUACAGUCUUACAUUGUGUAUUUCUAUGUUGCAACGGGAUCCUCUACCAGAGAAGUACUUAUCAUUUGUUCCUUCCUAGGUUUUCACGUGGGUCAGUCCAGACAGUUCUUCCCCCAAAUAAGAAGCUUAGAGCUGGCCGCCUUUGUGGUUCAUUUGAUGAUCAAAUUAGGAAUCUUGAUCGUUCUAAAUCAAAUCUUCAAAAGGAAGCUGACCAGUGCAGGAAGAGGAAACAAGAUUCUGAAGCAGAUUUACAGGAUCUUCAACAUGCACUAAAGACUGUGAAGGAGAAGUGCAGGAAUGCUGAGCGAGAUCUGGUAUCUAAGAAUCUAGCACUGCAGGAUACAAAGAACUCAUAUGCUUCUGAAACCAGUUCACCAGCUGCUGCUUCAACUGUUGAUGAGCUUCAACGAGAAAUUUCAAGCAUCCAAGAGGAGAUACAAGAAAAGGAAAUGCAGCUGGAGUCACUUCAGGUCAGAAUAAAUGAAGCUGACACAAAUGCGAAUGAUCUUAAAUUAUCAUUUGAAGAUUUGUGUGAGUCAGUGAAAGAAGAAAUUGAUGCUUUUGAUAAAGCAGAGAAUGAGCUGAUGAAGAUUGAAAAAGAUCUACAAUUUGCAGAAGCAGAAAAGGCCCGUUAUGAAGGAUUAAUGACUACCAGGGUCCUUCCUGAUAUUGAAAUGGCAGAGGCACAAUAUCAGAAGCUUGAGGAGACCCGUAAGGAAGUCAAUUUCAUUAUUGGUGAAUCAUGUAAUGCCUCAGAUAAAAAGGUUAAAAUGGAAGGAUCAAAAGGAGAGAAUGAAUAUCAACCCAUCCUAGGAAUGGAAAGGAUGGAAGCCAAAUUGGAUGGGUUGCAAAUCACAAUUAAUGAAGGAUGGGAGGGAUCUUUCCCUUCCUUCCACAGGUCUUGUGGUGGUGUGGAGGUUGAGGACGGUGGAGUUGGUGAGAGCUGCAGAAAGGCUUCUAUUAUAUGUCCUGAGAGUGAGAUUGAAGCUUUAGGAGGUUGUGAUGGCAGCACCCCAGAGCAGCUCAGUGGGCAAUUAAAUAAACUGAACCAGAAACUUCAGAAUGAGUGCCAGCAGCAUUCUGACUCCAUUGAUGACCUGAGGAUGUUUUAUCAGAAAAAAGAGCAUAAAAUUUUGCGAAAACGACUAGCAUACAGAGGUUUUCGUGAAAAGUUGAAGAGAAUUGAUUCUCUUGAAAUUCCUACAGCUGGGUUUCAUGCUUGCCUCAAAGGCAAGCGGCUGAUGUGCAAUGCUGUAUUUGAAAGGACUUGCGAGGAAGCCCUGAUUAUGCGAUGGAGCAAAUUUCAAAGGAAUGCAAGUGAUUUGAAGCGCCAAUUGACUUGGAAUUUCAAUGGUCACUUGGGAAGGAAAGGGAUUAGCGGGAGCAUUAAAAUUAGUUAUGAAGAGAAGACCCUUAAAGUAGAGGUAAAAAUGCCCCAAGAUGCUGCAUCUAGCAGCACUGUUCGUGACACUAGAGGUCUUUCAGGUGGUGAGCGCUCUUUCUCAACAUUAUGCUUUGCAUUAGCUCUUCAUCAGAUGACAGAAGCCUCAUUCCGAGCAAUGGACGAGUUUGAUGUAUUUAUGGAUGCUGUUAGUAGGAAAAUCAGUUUAGAUACCUUGGUGGAGUUUGCAUUGGGCCAAGGAUCCCAGUGGAUAUUUAUCACUCCUCAUGAUAUCAGAGGUUGGACCAAUGGUCAUAGUCACCAUUGCGAUAAUGGUCAAAGGUGGCAAUUGGUUGGGCAUAUCAUGGGUGUAAAGUAA